AUGCAUUUAGCGAAACCAAACUGGUCCAAGGGGCGAAGCAAACCCGACGUAACUAGUUCCCUCCACACAAGUGAACCGGAUAACAGUCAGAGAACACCGGUGUCUCGUGUAAACUGCGGGCCCGAGGGUUUGACGAAGGAAGGUAUUCUCUACAUGCUUCAACACCCGCCUGCCGGCCCACGACAGCCCUUUAACAAAUACAAAGUCCUGCCUUCCAUCGAGAAGAGACAGUCCGAGGAGAUUCAAGGGAAUGGUAUCAACACAGUUAUGACCAAGCUCGACCUGUCUGGCGACCCCGUGACCCGACCCUGCGGCCCUGAAGGGGAAAACUCUCGCGAGAUUUCGCCAGCAUCCAGCAAAGUGGCCGGUUCCUGUGGAGGCUUACUUCUAGCCGUGAGAGCACCGUGUGGGAAGAGGUUUCAGCAACUAUUUGGAGCUUCGGACACCUUGUUGGAAGUAAUAGCAAGUGCAGAGGAAAGGUACGGAGCCAGGUACGAGGGGGCGUUCGUCGAGACUGUGGAUAUACCACGCGCUACCUUCAGGAACCUAAAUAUGAGCUUGGUCCAAUGUGGUAUCCUGAACAGGUCGGUUCUGUGCAUCACCGAGAACAAAGAUCCCACUGGAGAUUAUAAAUGA